CUUUGUCUAAAACACCAUUACAAAGGUUUUUAGACAAAAGAAGAAGAAGAAGAAGAAAAAAACAAUCCUUUUUCCAUACCUUCCCUCCCUUCCAUUCAUUGGGUUUUAGCUAUUGUGUUCUUGUUCAUAUCUCCCAUCCAAAAAAACAAACCAAAAAAAAAAACAAGAACACCCCCACAAUUUCAUGAGACAUGGUUGUGGAACAGGAGAAGGAAAGCCUUAGGUCAAGGCUGUUCAAUUUCAGGGGAUUGUACGACAACUCCGGCGGCGGAGCCAAGCACUCCAAGAGCAUGAGCCUCGACGAAACCUCGAGCUACGACGACGAUGACGACGACGACGCUCCCAUCAUAAUCACUUCAUCCAAAAACAAAGCACCCGCCGACGACGCCAAAGAUGGCGCCGCCACCACCCAUCGCAUCGAGAAACAGCCGUCCCGCGUCGCCGUGGCCGCGGCCGCCAUCGGCCGCGCCAUCAGCCGCAACGACAAGGGUUCCAAGUCCAAGAUGAUGAGCAAAGAUCUCGACGUCGUCGCUCAACUCCUCAAGGAGAAAACUCAUGAAAUGGACCAAAUGAAGGAAAGGUUUGCGAAGUUGUUGCUGGGAGAGGACAUGUCGGGAGGAGGAAAGGGUGUUUCUUCGGCUUUGGCAUUGUCCAAUGCCAUCACGAAUCUUGCAGCUUCGGUUUUCGGAGAGCAGUGGCGUCUGGAGCCGAUGUCGAACGAGAGGAAAACGAGGUGGAGGAGAGAAAUCGACCUGCUGUUAUCCGUCACGGAUCACAUCGUCGAAUUCGUCGCUGCCCAACAGGGCAACGUGGAGAAUUGUCACGUGCAGGUAAUGAUAACGCGACAGAGGAACGACCUUCACAUGAACAUCCCAGCCUUACGAAAGCUCGAUGGCAUGCUCGUCGUAAGAUUGAAAUACAAUCAGGGUACUCUAGAUAACUUCAAGGAACAGAGCGAGUUCACGUACGUAUCAAGAGACGCACCCGAUUCAGAGAAAGGACCCAAGAGAAAAGAAGAGAAAUGGUGGCUUCCCACAGCCAAAGUCCCAACCAACGGCCUCUCGGAAGCUUCCAGAAAAUUCCUGCAGGCACAGAAGGAUUCCGUCAACCAGGUCCUGAAAGCCGCCCAGGCCAUCAACGCGCAGGUUUUGUCGGAAAUGGAGAUUCCCGAAAGCUACAUCGAAGCCCUUCCCAAGAAUGGGAGAGCGAGCCUGGGGGACGUGAUCUACAAGAGCAUUACGGUGGAGUUCUUCGACCCGGACCAGUUCUUGUCGACCAUGGAUUUGGCGAACGAGCACAAGAUCCUGGACCUGAAAGACAGGAUCGAAGCGUCCAUCGUGAUAUGGAAGCGGAAGAUGAACCAGAAAGACGGGAAAUCGGCUUGGGGAUCGGCGGUUAGCUGGGAGAAGAGGGAACAGUUUGAGGACAGAGCAGAGACCAUACUGCUCAUCAUGAAGCAGAGGUUCCCUGGCAUCCCGCAGUCCGCUCUCGACAUCAGCAAGAUCGAAUCGAACCGGGAUGUAGGGCAGGCGAUCUUGGAGAGCUACUCGAGAAUCCUGGAGAGCUUGGCGUUCACGGUGCUGUCCCGUAUCGAAGACGUGCUGUACGCAGAUCACUGCGCCAGGAACCCGUCCCAAGUUGGGCCGAAGAGCGGCCCGUUUUCGCAGGCCGGCACGCCGUCGUACGACGAGAAGGACAGGUCGUCGAUGGAAGGAUCGUCGCCGAUGACGUUGCUGGACUUCAUGGGGUGGGACGACGGGAACGACAACGACGGGGACGACGGCAACGGUAGCGGGGACGAGAUACAGAAAGAAGACGCCAAGGUGUCGGAGAAGCUUCCCAACGUUGUCACCAACAACAAGCCUUCGUAUCUUGCCAACUUGGUGGGUUCGAGAAGUCCGACGUCGAGGGAUUGAAAUGUUGAAAGGGAGAGUCCGAGUCACAACAGUAAGACACAUUUAAGACUAACUAAUUAACGUUAUCUAGCUAAUGAUAACAUUGAAUUUCUUGGAGUAUAUAGUACUCAUUGAUGUACCUUGUGUAAAUAUGUUUGACAAUGAGAAAAUUUUUGU